AUGGACUCUCCGACGAUUGAUACUCGGAUUUUGAGCGAUAUAAGCCACAACCUAGCAGAGGGGUUCAUGCCAACUUUAGGUCUAAGUGACGAGUACAGCGCCCAGGUAUCGAGCCUCAGAAGCGCAUUUUACGAAGCAGAAGCACUGCUCCAAGAGGGGCAGAAUAUCAGCACAGAUUGGGAGGCUGGAGCUGAUCCAGUUUCAACUUUUGAUGCCAAGUCGGACAGGACCGAUGAUUCGAGCCAAGCGUCCACGGUUUCGGACUCUCGGGGUCUUGAUGAGCUUUUAGCCGACCUGCAAAGCGACAUCCAAGGCCUACGUGAUCUAGGCCCCCUUAUUGAGUCACCGUACGUUGAACGACCAAAGCAGCCCGAAGAUACCGUUCCAGUGUCCCUCCAGACAUCAUGGAAAGCAUACCAACCCUAUUGGGACCGCAUCUUGCAACGCUUCCCUCAGGCGCAAGCCAACCUUGUUGAGAGACUGGCUAGAGCCAAUCUGGGUCGUUUCCAGAAGAUUCAAGAGGAGAAAAGCGAAAAUCUCAUUAAGCAGAAACAACAUGAUGAGACAGCCAGUCGUAUCCGGCAGCAUGAGGUAUCGCGAUUCAGCCCUCGGAACUUCUCUGGCAACCGGCAGCAUUUACGCCGAGACGGUUAUGGAGUAUGUACGUGCGACUUGGGCAACGAGCCUUUCACCUCUCGCAAAGACUGGAUUGAACACCUUGAGUUUGAUCAUGACUUUCAUCUUGCCUGGGGAUCUUUCGAAUGUCCCCUUUGCCACGAGGAGACUGGCAAAGGAAAGACUGACAUAGUCCAUCAUUUGGCUCGUCAUAUGGAAGAAAUCUCACUUGCGGCUCUCCCUAGUGGAUACGAUUCUGAGAAUGAUCUCGAAGAAAGCGAGGAUGAGGGUAAGUAUGAAGAUAAGGGCGAGAACGAGGACGAGGACGAGGACGAGGACGAGGAAGGGGAAGGUGAUGGGACUGGUAGUGUCGUGCCAGCUGAGGGCCAAUCCGUUGAUUCUUGGACUCCAGCCGACUCUGUCGAUAUGAACACAAGGGUUCAUGAUCUAUACAGGCUUGGAGUGCCUUGGGAAGACGGAUUAUACCAUUGUCCGUGGGAAGGUCAGCCAUGCUGCAACCACAAGCGAGUCAAGUUGAAAGCACACUAUGACAAACUUGUGGACUCUCAUCUGAAGCCGUAUCGAUGCAGAGUGGCCUCUUGCGAAGGCGCUCGGUUUUCUUCCACCGCUUGUCUCUUGAGACACGAGCGUGAAGCGCAUGGAAUGCAUGGACAUGGCGACAAGCCCUUUUUGUGCACAUACGCAGGAUGCCAGCGCAGCGUCCCCGGGAACGGCUUCCCUCGACAAUGGAACCUCAAGGAUCACUUGAAACGUGUUCAUGACGACUGUACUGAUUAG